CCCACCACCACCAGUGGGUGCUUACCAGAUUGAACUGCAGAAGAGCCUCAAACGUUGACGAUUAUUAGGGAAACCAUAUUCUCGAGUGAUAUGUAGACAGUUUACUUUCAUCCGUCACGAUUCAUCCGUUCUUUACGUCGUCUUUGAUUUGCUCAACACAGAUUCCUGUGACGACUGUGAUUCCCUGUGAUAUCUGCCAGUAACAUGUCCAUGUUCAGCACGGGCAUCCUGGUGCUGACAUCUCCUCUUCACAUCCUCCCCUUACGCAUCGCGCCAGUCCUCAGCUCAGCUGCCGAGCGCGUGGAGCGCACGCUAUAUGUCCACCUCCAACCCGGGCUGAACCUGGGAAGUGGGAGCCAGCCCCGUCCAGUUUUCAUUCCACCGGUAGUGGAUCUGUCUACGCUUAUCUCGCGCCUUUACAGCAAUGCAGCUGAUGUUUGCGGCCACCUGGAUGUCCGUGUUUUGCUGACCAAUGUCCGCAGCCAGUCGACUGCCAGCGGUGGGACCACGAUACAGACCUCCCCGUUCCCCACGCCACAGUCUCUGUCGCACUCGCCAGAGGUGGUGCUAACGGACUUUGCGCUGCAGGAUCCGGGUCAGUCACAUCAGGUUACGCAGUGUCUGCAGAGGUAUACAGGCCGAUGCUACGUCUGCAGCCCCAGCCUGCGCUCAGUGCUGCUUCACCAACAGCCAGUGAGUCUGCAGGAUGAAGAGGAAGGCGUGAAGGAGAAGGCAGAACCCAUGGAGACCUACAGCGACGUGGUGGUAGGGGGGACAUUUGACCGGCUCCAUGGGGCCCACAAGACACUACUUAACAUCUCAUGCCUGCUAGCCGACAAACGGUUCCUUAUCGGUGUGUGUGACCAAGCUAUGCUGAAAAGAAAAGUUCUAAAAGAGCUGGUCCAGCCCUACGCUCUGCGGGUAGAGAAACUGCGGGAGUUCCUGCAGGACAUCAGACCCUCUCUGGAGGUGGAGAUUGUGCCCCUUGACGACCCCUAUGGAGUCUCCGUGGUCGACCCGUUGCUGCAGUGCAUUGUGGUUAGCGAGGAGACCAGAAAGGGAGGCGAGGCUGUCAACAAGAAACGCAUAGAAAAUGGCCUUCCAGCUCUCGUACUCCAUGAGAUCCAGCUGCUUAAAGAUGCCCACCACACUGAGACAGAGGAGGAGAAGAUCAGCUCCUCUAGUCUACGCUCUCGUCUUCUGGGAACCCUUCUCGCACCGCCUCAAGACACAUCCCAUCUCCCUCCCCUUCCAUAUGUGAUCGGCCUGACCGGGGGCAGCGGCAGUGGGAAGAGCUCCAUUGCCAAGCGGCUGGAAACACUGGGUGCCGUCCGGAUAGACUGCGACAAGCUGGGCCAUGAGGUGUACCAGCCUGGCACUGCAGCUUAUCACAGAGUGCUCGAAGAAUUUGGGUCAGAUCUACUGAAUGACGAUAAAACCAUCAACAGACGUGCAUUAGGAAGAAAGGUUUUUGGAAACCAGGAGCGGUUAAAAGCCCUAACAAACAUUGUAUGGCCUGAGAUCGCACUCCUGGUGAAAGAGAGAAUCAGAAACGCAAGAGAGGAAGGUAAGCAGGUUUGUGUGGUGGACGCAGCAGUUUUACUGGAAGCCGGUUGGACAGACAUGGUCCACGAGAUCUGGGUCACAGUCAUCCCCGAGGAGGAGGCUGUGUCGAGGAUAACCGAGCGAGAUGGUGUUAACACAGACGACGCCCUGCGCCGGCUCCAGAGUCAGUGGUCCAAUGCUAAGCAAGUAGAGCACGCCAAUGUUGUGCUCAGCACUCUGUGGGAGCCAGAGGUCACUCAGAAACAGGUACUGAAAGCUUGGAAUCUUCUUCAGAAGAGAAUCCAACAGAGACAGGAGGGACAGUAGGAACGUGUGUGUGUGUGUGUGUAAACACAUCAUGUCAGCUGUAACUGAGGCAUACAGAGUAAAACAUGUGUCAGGUCCAGGGACGCACAUAACAGCGAUACACACGAGGAGAAAAAUGCCGCCUUGUAAAGAAGUGGGAUUGGUUUCAGCAGCACGCUCAACAAGCUCUCUCACUUCUUUGCCCGUGACUCAGUGCCUGAUUGACUUUCAUCAAGUUUUUAAACUCUAGCUUUAUUUAAAGAUGAUGUAUUGAAAGAUGUGUGGAUGAGAAAAAGGUGAACUAUCCCUAACAAAAUAAUUUGGGCAUUUACAAGCUGAAAUUCAUGUUUGGGAUCAUAAAGUGUCAUAUUGUACCGAGAAUUGAAGAUCAAGAUUGCUUUUUUAUUAGCAUGCAUCUAAAUAGAUACUGUUGUGAAUUAUAAUUUACCAAACAAGGUUUGGUAUUUGUAGAAAUAUCAGCGAUCUCUUACAAUUUGAAUAAGUAAACUGACUAAUAAAGAAAAGAAUGGACACAUACGA